UGGGAACACAUUUUCUAUGUCCUCUUUAUCAAUCCAGAUCCAAUGGGUCUUCUCCUACAGCCAUGCCCAGUUUGAAGAAACCCGGCAUCAGGUCCACAAGCAGCCACUAGUGGGACAAUGGAAGCCAUUUGCCACAGCCACUAGAGAACAGGAGCUGCAGCACUCGGAGCCUCCUGGCAAGGACUGUGACAGUGGGGAUGAGAACCAGUCGAUGGCUCAGCUCAAUGUCUCCCGCUUGCGCAGUUCCUCUGUGGAGAUCCGUGAGAAGGGGUCAGAGUUCCUGAAAGAGGAGCUCCGCAGAGCUCUGAAGGAGCUGAAGUUAAAAGAUGAAGAAUGUGAAAAGCUUUCCAAAGUGAGAGAACAGCUGGAGCAGGAACUGGAAGAGUUAACAGCAAGCUUGUUUGAGGAGGCACAUAAGAUGGUUCGGGAAGCAAACACCAAACAGGCAGCAUCAGAAAAACAGCUGAGGGAAGCACGAGGGAAGAUUGACAUGCUGCAGGCAGAAGUGACAGCCUUGAAGACUCUGGUGAUAACAUCCACCCCUUCCUCUCCAAACCGGGAGCUGCACCCCCAGCUCCAAAGCCCCUCGAAAACAGCCUUCAGGAAAGGGCACGGGCGCAACAAAAGCACCAGCAGUGCUGUUGUCACUGCCACAAACCAGAGCACACCCUCGGAGCCAGUUGGCAGUGAGCUCAAAGAGGCUAUCCACAUCACCUAUGAGCCAGGCUGGCAGUCCCUGGCAACAGACUCUUCCUUCUCUUCUGCUCCUUCACGGCAGGUGGAUUCCAUCUUGUUUGCAGAAUUUCAGGCUUGGAAGGAGUCUCCAUCUUUGGAUAAAUCAUGUCAGUUUCUGGAGAGAAUAUACCAGGAAGAUGUGGGCCCUUGUCUAGACUUCACCAAACAUGAGCUGUCAGAGUUGGUUCAGGCAGCCGUGGAGCAGAACACACUCACUAUUGAACCAGUGGCUACUCAGACUCUUCCUGUGGUGAAGGUGUCAGCCAUUGAGUGUGGUGGACCAAAUGGAUUCCGGUCCCAAAUUGUAACGAAGUGUGCUCUGAGCGGCCUUUCCCGAGCAUGCAGACAUCGCAUCAAACUGGGGGACUCUGGGAAUUAUUACUACAUUUCUCCUUCCUGCAGGGCCAGGAUUACAGCAGUAUGCAACUUCUUCACCUACAUACGCUAUAUCCAGCAGGGACUGGUAAGGCAAGACGUAGAACUGAUGUACUGGGAAAUCAUGCGGCUCAGGAAAGAAAUGUCCCUUGCCAAGCUGGGGUUCUACUCCAGUGAGAUGUAGCUUGGCACUGCCAGUCUUAAAGGGUGUCACCAUACAGAUACACCAGACAG